CUGGCGAGGAGAAGAAGAGGGGGGUCUAUAUUAUUAUCUGUCUCUCUCUUCAUUCGUUCCUUCCAUCAACAUGGGAAAUGGAGUUGCAGUAAUAUUUUUGUUUUCCCUCCUUCUGGCGCGUUCUUUCCUUGCAGCUUCUGCAGAUAAUUUCAAUCAAGAUGUAGGCGUAACAUGGGGUGAUGGUCGCGGCCAGAUUUUCAAUGGAGGAAAUCUUAUCUCGCUGACUCUUGACAAGAUCUCUGGCUCUGGCUUCCAGUCCAAGAACGAAUACCUCUUUGGAAGGUUUGAUGUGCAAAUGAAGCUUGUCCCUCGCAACUCUGCAGGCACCGUCACCACAUUCUAUUUGUCAUCUGAUCCAAGUCCAACCCAUGACGAGAUUGAUCUUGAAUUCUUGGGUAACUUGAGUGGGUCUCCUUACACCGUCCAUACUAAUGUGUACACCCAAGGAAAAGGGAAUAGGGAGCAAGAAUUCGAUCUCUGGUUCGAUCCAACUAAAGAUUUUCACACAUACUCUAUAAUAUGGAACCCCCAACGCAUCAUUAUCUACGUAGAUUACAUUCCCAUAAGAGUGUUCGAGAAUGAAGAAGCAAUUGGAGUUCCAUUCGCGAAGAGCCAGCCCAUGAGGGUUUAUGGAACCAUAUGGGAUGGAGAACAAUGGGCAACGAGAGGAGGACAAGUGAAAACAGAUUGGUCAGGUGCUCCAUUCACUGCCUAUUACAGAAAUUUCAAUGUCCAGAGUGCCAAUUCUGUUGGAAACAAACCUUGGCUAACUCGAGGAAUCACUACAAAGGAUCGAAAUUGGCUUCGAUGGGCCAAAAGAAAUCACAUGAUCUAUAACUAUUGCACCGAUCGCAACCGUCAUACUCCCCGUCCUGAAUGUCACCGGCGACGGAAAUCUAGAUCCUUGUAGACAAAUUUUUGUUGCUUCAAUUAUGAGAUUGGAAACCAAUUACCAUCCAUGAACAAGAGAAAAUUUGUGACUGAAUCACUUGUAUGAUUCGAAGCACAGACAUAUUUCCCAGAAUGAAUAUCUAAAAUUUGGGUCGCCGAGUCAAGUACUUUUGGAAAAGAGCUUAUUAGGUGAACUAAUUUCUCACGUAGAGUCUACUUUUUAAAAAUAAAUAAAUAAAUAAUAAGAAAGGAUUACCCUUUAUAAUAUAGUCCAGCCCAAUGGGUCUAAUCAUUUGGGCUUUAGCAAAAAGUUUAGGCCCAAGGAUCUUACCCAAAGAGAUUUCGAUUCCGGGUUAUAUUUGUACUUGAUCCGACUCUAACCCAUCGAGAUUUGGAUCGGAUCAUUCUGUCAACAAUCGAACCUACCGAGAGCAAGAAGACGCAGCUGAGAAAACUAACGCGAAAAUGGCGGUGGAAGAGGAACGAAAAUCGUCGACGCCAACUACAGAAGAAACACCGAAUCCAAACUCUAAACCUAGGGCAAGACGAUGUUAACGAUGAUGCGCUGGAAGAAGGAGAGAUUGUCGGAGAUGAGGAAUCAUCGGCCAAGAAACCAAGCGCUGUAAGUUAACAGCCGCACCUUCUCGAGUUCCAAUGGACGUUCUGGUUCGAUAACCCUUUAGCUAAGGCCAAGCAAUCACCUGAGGAUAUUCUAUGCGUUCUGUCUAUACUUUUGCUGCUGUCGAGGAGUUUUGGAGGUCUUCUUCUCUUCUUUCAUUGCUCUUCUUUUGGUUUAAUUUUGCUUCUAUUUCUGGAUUCCUUUAUUUUUUGCUUGGUUGAUGAUAAAAUUGAUGGAAGGAAAGGAGAGGGAAUUGAGAUUCCAAGGUUUUGGUUUAUUCAUUGAGGAAAUAGAGGUCUGAUGAACGUACUUUCUCGUAAGGGAAGUUAUGGAACGCCUUUGAGACAAAGAAUGAGCAAUCGUGUUUAUGUGGAAAAUUGUAGUUUCAGUUCAUUGCGAAAUUGCAAAAUUGCGGAAUCAGAAAUGAUUUAGAGGUGUUAGAAAUGCUAUCUUGAUUUUCUUGCGUAAUCAAUGAUAGAUAUUUGCUAUUAGUGCAUUGUGACCUCAUUAAGAAAUAAUUGUCUCCAAAUCUAUAUUUUCUUUGCCAUCUGCUUGUUAUUAAAUCAGAUGCUUCCUUUUGUUUCUAUUGGAUUAUCUGACAACAAUUAGAGAUUCUUUUUCUUUAAGGGGCAAAUUUAGUUAGGUAUUUGUUAAAAUGAAUGAAAAUUUCUCUUGUGAUGUAGUAUUCUUCCAGACUGAUGGGUGUUAAGUGAUGCCUAGAAGUAAACAAUAUUUUAUUGGGAGUUUUUAAUUUUGGAUUUGUGAAAAUGUAGUUCUUGAAUUGCCCAAGCGGCGUGACCAUUAACUUGUACUUUAAAUUGCUGGAUAUUGUUUGUAUCCAAUUUUAAGCAUACGCCUUCAUGUCUGUAUGUUUCAUGGAAUAAUUGGACGUGGAAAUUUAGGCAAUUGGACAGAUUUUUUAAUUAUACAAUCAAAUGUUCAUUGAGGACUAGGAAUCUAAACAUGGAUAAUUCUUUUCAA